AUGGCUGCGGACUUGUCUGCAACCAAACUCAACCCAGAGAGCCAUAUCUUGCUGGACCAACCUCUCCUCCGCCUCCCACAUGAACUCGUCAAACGCAAUUUCAGAAACACCCAGCGUUAUGUAGAGCGAGAGAGAGACUACAUCCUUCCCGCUCUCAAGGACACCGCAAAUGCUGCUCUCAGCUCGUCACAGACCACAGAGGAGACACUCGCUUCACUUGAUGCCAUGAUACAGAGAAUGCAGAACUUCAAACGCAAGCUGGAAAAAUUGCAUAUUGAGGAAGAAGCCCUUCAUGACCACUCGGCCAAGCGGAUCAAGCAUCUACAUGACCUCUAUGACAUUCCCUCUUUGGUGGACGUCAAGUACGACGAGUGGUCGCGAACUCGUCUCGACCGUUUAAUUGUCGACUACCUCCUGCGUUCGGGCUACUCCAAGACCGCCAACUCGCUUGCCGAAACCAAACAGAUCUCUCACCUGAUUGACCUCGAUACUUUUGUUACCUGCCACAAGAUUGCCUCGUCACUCACCCGUGGCGAAACUAGGGAGGCCCUUGCUUGGAUCAACGAGAACAAAAACUCGCUCAAGAAACUCACUACGGCGCCUCACAAAACCACCGAUCUCGAGUUUGAGCUACGUUUCCAACAAUAUAUCGAACUGGUCCGUGCAGGGACAACUGCGAAGAGACUAGAAGCAAGAGCCCAUGCCCAACAACACCUGACGCCCCAUAUUGCAUCCCGAGCAGAGUCAAUCAUGCAAGCAGCUGGUCUAUUGGUGAACUCACCCGACACAGAAGUCGAACCGUAUCGUACGCUAUUUGCUCCGUCACGAUGGCACCACUUAUCCAACCUAUUCGUCGAGACCCACCACACUUUGCUGUCUCUGCCAAUUCAACCCCUCCUCCACGUCGCGCUGUCGGCGGGUCUCUCAGCAUUGAAGACUCCCGCAUGCCACAGUGCCUACAAUCCCGCGAGUUCUUCAACACCCGGUCACGCUCGUAUCGCGACGAAUUCCUCUUUGUGUCCAAUCUGCAGCAUGGAGUUGAACGAGCUGGCACGCAAUGUCCCCUAUGCACAUCACACUGUCAGUUCUGUGGAACCCGACCCAGUUGUCCUACCGAAUGGGCGUAUCUACGGCCGUGCGCGAUUAGAGGAGUUGCAGCGGAAACUGGUCAUGGCUGGGGGUGGCGGAUCAGGAGGUCAAAGCGGCACACACGAGGUACAAAUUGGCAAAGAAGGGGAAGUGAGAGAUCCCACGACUGGCCAAAGUUUUACUUGGGACCAGGUUAAGAAGGUUUAUAUUAUGUGA